CAACAAAAAUCUCUCUACACUCAAAAAAAUAUUAGCCAAAGAAAGAAAGAAGAAGAAGAAGAAGAAGAAGAAGACAUCUUCGAAGCUCAGCAACACUCACUAUGGCUUUGAAGACGGCGACGAGUGGUAUGUGGAUGACGGAUGAUUGCAAGAGAUCGUUCAUGGAGAUGAAGUGGAAGAAAGUGCACAGAUACGUCGUUUACAAACUCGAGGAGAAGUCUCAGAAAGUCACCGUCGACAAAGUCGGUGCCGCCGGCGAGAGCUACGACGAUCUUGCCGCUUCUUUGCCGCAGGACGAUUGCCGCUACGCCGUGUUUGAUUUCGAUUACGUCACUGUCGAUAACUGUCGCAUGAGCAAGAUCUUCUUCAUCACUUGGUCACCGGAGGCGUCGAGGAUAAGGGAGAAAAUGAUGUAUGCAACGUCAAAGAGUGGACUGAGAAGAGUGUUAGACGGAGUUCACUAUGAGCUUCAAGCCACCGACCCAACCGAGAUGGGAUUUGAUAAAAUCCAAGACCGGGCCAAGUAAUUGAAGUAAAUUUUACAAGACGUAACCGGAGUUUACUAGCUGGCCUGUUAUUAACAGUUAUGAGCAGCAGCAAUUAAUUCUCUAUUAAUGUUAUUUAGUGCUUUUUUAACAUCUUCCCUCUUGUUUGUCAAAAACAAAAUGAUUUCCUUUUUAUUUUGUUGACAAAUUGUUCUCAACUAUUAUUAGUGUUUCGUUUUUAAUUGUUGCUGUUAGUUGUAUUUUUGAAAAAAAAAAUAUGUUGAAUGUUAUUUUGUCUCUUGUUUGUCACUAAUGCUAAUAAAAAGAGGUCUUAAAUAUA